CAUCGGCCACUACUCGCGUCCACCGUCUCGCUCUUUCUUUCGUCUACAGGCGUCGACGCAACACUACAUUUGCCGUCGAACGAAACUAGACAUUGUAUUCUCCAAUCUCAAUCUUAAAAUACCACACCACUCGUCACUUUAGUUUAUUAAUUUAUUAUGUUUGCUCAAGGCCUACGUUGUAUUAGAUCCGCCAUAUUGAACCCGAUUCAUCGUUCUUCUAUCUCGUGCAGAUCGAACACAUUGCUGUCCGAAAACUUAUUCAAAAUGUCUUACGCUAGAAACGGCGGCGGAAGGAGUAAUGGUUCUUAUGGUGGUGGUGGCGGCGGAGGUGGUCCACGAGGAUAUGGUGGUGGACGAGGAGGUGGAAUGGGAGGAGGUGCCAAGAAAAACCCUGGUGCUAAUCUUACUGCUCCCAAUUGGGAACGAGUCCAACUUCGACCAUUCAAAAAAGAAUUUUAUGUUCCUCAUCCAACUAUUGAAAGAAGGUCUUAUGAAGAAGUAGACAAAUACCGUGCAAGCAAGGAUAUUACAGUUAUGAGUUCUGAUAGGAGUGAAGUCCCAUAUCCAAUCCAACAUUUCAAAGAAGCAAACUUCCCAGAUUAUGUCAUGCAAGUCUUAGUAAAUGAAGGUUUUACGGAACCAACACCGAUCCAAGCUCAAGGUUGGCCAAUAGCCAUGAGUGGUAAAAAUAUGGUUGGAGUUGCCCAAACUGGAUCUGGAAAAACCUUGGGUUAUACAUUACCUGCUGUUGUCCAUAUUAAUAAUCAAGAGCCAUUAAAAAAAGGUGACGGACCAAUUGCACUUGUGUUAGCUCCAACUAGAGAGUUAGCACAGCAAAUUCAAAAAGUUGCUGGGUUGUUCAACCAGUCUACGUACUUGCGCUCUACUUGUGUUUACGGUGGAGCUCCCAAAUCUCAUCAGGCUAGAGAUUUACAGAAUGGUGUUGAAAUUGUCAUUGCGACACCUGGACGUCUUCUGGAUUUCUUGGAGUCUCGUGCAACUAAUUUACAACGUUGUACUUACCUUGUUUUGGAUGAGGCUGAUCGUAUGCUUGAUAUGGGUUUCGAACCACAAAUAAGAAAAAUCAUUCAACAGAUUCGACCUGAUAGACAAGUUUUGAUGUGGUCAGCAACGUGGCCCAAAGAAGUUCAAAAGUUGGCUAAUGACUUUUUGAGCGACUAUAUCCAACUGAAUGUUGGUUCUUUAACGUUAUCUGCAAAUCAUAACAUUUUACAAAAUGUUGAUGUUUGUCAAGAACACGAGAAGGAAGAUAAAUUAAUGGAUUUGUUACAAGACAUCAGCAACCAGGAAGAAAACAAAACAAUUAUUUUCGCAGAAACCAAACGGAAAGUUGAUACAAUUACACGAAAAGUUGUCAAUAUGGGUGCUCGAGCUGUUGGUAUUCACGGUGAUAAAUCUCAAUCUGAACGAGAUCAUGUUCUAAAGCAAUUCAGAAAUGGUAGAGCAAACAUCUUGGUGGCUACUGAUGUAGCUGCUAGAGGUUUAGAUGUUGACGAUGUGAAAUUUGUCAUCAACUUUGAUUACCCCAACAACUCUGAGGAUUAUAUCCACAGAAUUGGCAGAACCGGUCGAUCAUCACAAAAGGGUACUUCUUACGCCUUUUUCACUCAUUCCAAUAGCAAACAAGCUAAAGAUUUAGUAGCUGUCCUUACCGAAGCCAACCAACGCAUAGACCCCAAAUUAGCUGCAAUGGCUGCACGAGCCUAUCCGAGUGGUGGUAACAAAUGGUACGGAGGUGGUGGUGGUGGCGGUGGUAACAGAUCUUGGGGAGGAGGCCGACCCGCACACAGAAAAUUUUAAUUGUUACAAAACGGUAUUAAAUUUCGCACUACUAUGAAGAUCAAUUUUUCAUCGCUUACUGAUUGAAAUAUGUAACUUUUUUGUUUAAUGUUGUAUACUAUGAUUUUUGUCUCAUUCCUCCUUCUAUUCCAUCCAUACAAUUCCAACGAUUGUAUUAUAAUAGAGACUUUGACACUUGAAGAACUAAUAUUAUAUUCUGAGUUUUCUA